AUGGAAGAGGUGUUACGCCAUGAGAAAUGGUUCUUCGGCUAUGUUUCUCGGUAAGAAUCACGCAGUAUGGAAUGGAAUGAUGACAUCACAGCUGUGUUACAAAACUCUGGCAGUAAUGAAAUAUUUUCAGCAAAUUUGUAGAGAAAUAUCUGAAGAAUCCCGGAGAUUGGUGUGUCCGAUCGAACUGCAGAAAAGAUUUUGGCCGAGUCAACACCGAACAUUUCGUUUGUGUCAAGAAAUCAGACGGCCAAAUCCAUGAUUACGUCCUCAAAUUUGACAAACGGAAGGGAUGGUACUUUGGGGGGACCGAAUCUGAGGUUUAUCCAUCAUUAGAGACGCUUCUUCACAGCAAAACAGAAACUAUUCAGAAAGUAAGUAAUACAUUAUUAACAAUAACUACUGUCUUUCGAAUAAUAUUACUUUAGUUACAACUGCUCAACGCUGCGGACCGCCCUCCAAUUCUAAUACCUCCUGGAUCCUUGGAAUGGGAGAAUUGUGAUGCCAACUUACUGGGGAAAGGAAGUUAUGGAACUGUAGUCAGAGCUAAGGCUACCAUUAACAGCAAGUUUCAUAGGCAAAAUGUCAAUGGGUUUUUAGAAGUUAAGUUCGAUGUAGCGGUCAAGAUCCCACAGACAGCACCGACAGUUCCAAAACUAGGAUCAAAAAGGAAUACGCAGAAAGAGGUAAUGCUGGAGGUGGAACAGAUGCUGCAUGAGGCCGAGGUGAUGAGACAUUUCCAUCAUGAAAAUAUUCUUCGAUGUUUUGGAAUCGACACUUCAGAGGAUACAAUUAGAGUAAGCGACGAUUUCACCCACCCUAUUGUUUCUUAUUUUAGCUUGUUCUCAGUCUUUGCCCUGGAGGCAGUUUGUUGGAGCAUCUCCACCAUAAUGGGGAGGAAAUUCGAUUCGAAGAGAAGCUCAUUUUCAGUUUGGAAGCAGCGCGGGGAUUAAAGUAUUUGCAUACGAAAUGGAAAUGUAUUCAUCGAGAUAUGGCGGCGAGAAAUUGUUUAAUCGCAAAGGUAAACAUCAAUCGAGACGAAAAUGAUAAUUGUUACAAGUAUUGAAUAAUUACAGUAUUCAUGAUGACUUUAGGAUGGUAAGCUGAAAUUGAGUGACUUUGGGAUCUGCAUGAUGGAAGGGGUUACAAAUACGAAUGAGGACAAGAUCAAAGUUCCCAUCCCAUGGCUGGCCCCAGAAUGUCUAACUGCUCGUCCAAGAUUUUCGACCAAGAGCGACGUCUUCUCCUUUGCCAUUUUUAUGUAUGAGAUCGUAACGAAUGGUCAGAAACCUUGGCCGGAGUAUGGAAGAACCGAGGAUAUCAUGAGACUGGUUAGAUGUGGCAAAAGGAUGACUAUUCCCGCUUCAACCCACAAAGAAUUCCAGCAAAUCAUCACAGCAUGCUGGGCCCAUUUACCUUAUGGACGGCCUGAGAUCUGGGAAGUUGUUUUCUUCAUCAGACGUCUUCUGAAUUCUUCCGGAGUAAGCAGAAUGAUGAUGGUUAUGAUUACUUUAUAGAUCCCCAAGCCAGAACAUCGAUCUUUGGCCAAGCUGUCCAAGGGUAUCAUUCCAGUUCCAUUCACCGAGGACCCCGAGGAUUUUGAACUAGAUGAAUGUUCGCCACCCCCCACUUCAGAGGAAGUGCUUCGCAUGGAUAGAAUAACUCAGGAACGCCAAAAAAGACUUCGAAGUCCUUCAGUUGAGCUUAGUUCUGAUGAUUUUUCUUCUGAUUUCCAUGGACAUACACCAAAGCAUAAGAACAGAAUUUCAAGGAACCGGAUCCCUUCUAGUGAACCAAUGAGGUAAUAGCACUGCGAAGCGACAAGUCAUUCUUCUGUUUAGUCGCCCAAGUGAUAACUCUUCAUCUGCGGAAUUUCGUGGUAAAAAUCGUAACAGUCAAUCGGACCGGCCUAGACCUUCGCCAGCACGAUCUUCUAAUAGUAAACCGCCCACUCCAUCUGCAAGGAAAUCAUUGAAUACUCCAAGCAGAGCUCUUGCCACUGCUCGCCGUGUGUCUACUCCGUCCAAAUUGUUUGCUCCUCCCCGCCGCAUCUCCAGCACUCCUAUGAGAACAGCCAGAGCGAACGCGGAUCGAAUGGGAGUAAGAUAACGGGGUACUGUGUAUACGAACCACAAUUACAGUCAUCAACCAUGUCGAGUGCGCAGCCAGUGAUUAAGCCAACUGCCAGAAUCUCAACAAAAAAACGGGAAAAGAAAAGUGACACCGACAAUGAAUAG